UUUGAUCUUACCUGUUCCUCUAUCCAGCCGCGUGCUGUCUUCCCGGCUUCUGUAGUGUGGGCGCUCUGCAUGACAGCCGGGUGCCAGUGCGCAUGAGCGAGAAGCACUUGCGCUUUGUGAUUGGUCCGGCGGCUUCUGGGAUCUGUCAUGUGUCCCAGGUACCGCCUUACCAUUCACAAAAAGCACCGCUUCUUGCGCAUGCGCACUUGGCACCCGGCUGUCAAGCCCAGCGCCCACACUACAGAAGCCGGGAAGACAGUGCGCCGCUGGAUAGAGGAACAGGUAAGGUCCCGCUGCAGAGCUGAGCGGCCGGCCCGGUAUUCUGACUCGGCGGCGGUGGAAAUACCGGACCGGCCGCUCCAUAUUCGCUCCAUAAAACGCACUGACAUUUUCCCCCCUAUU